AUGCUCCUUACCACUGCAGCAAUCUCAACAACCUUACUCCUGCUGUUCAUAUUGCGGAAUCGCCAGACAGCCGCAGCACAAUUACCCUGGAGCUACACAAACUUGUAUGGCCAUUCUCCUCCCACGGCGGAUUACGAAGAAACAGACAUUUGCAAAGCACAUGGCUAUCAUCAGUUCCAACAUCCCGAUGGAGAGGAAGGCAAACGAAAGGUCUUUGACCUCUUCCUCUUCUCCUCCGAACUGGACUGGUUGGAGAUCCGCCUGAACACCCUUGCUCCAUACGUAGACUAUUUUGUCAUCGUGGAAUCAGCGACGACGUUCACAGGGAAGCCCAAACCUCUUCAUCUAAAAGAGAACUGGUCUAGAUUCGCGGAAUUUCACGAAAAGAUCGUGCACAAAGUGGUCGAGGACCCUGGUCCAGAAAUCGGCACGAGCACCUGGCAGCAUGAGGACUUCUUGCGGAAUUCAUUAUUCUACAGCGCUUUUCCAAUGGAGCAGGCGAGGGAAGGAGUGGAUGUCAUUAUUGUUUCUGAUGUUGAUGAAGUUCCCAAACCUGAGACCGUGGAUGUCUUGAAACACUGUCAAUUCCCAGAGAGGUUGACCUUGCAGAGUCGCUUUUAUUAUUACAGUUUCCAAUGGGAGCAUAUUGGACCGCAGUGGCCACAUCCGCAGGCCACGACGUUCCGAGGGAAAGAAGYCACGAUUUCGCCAAACUUCCUGAGAAAUGGAAUUGGAGGAAGCUGGUGGAGACGGUGGUGGGAAAGCGGAUAUAUGAGAAAUGCCGGAUGGCAUUGCUCGAGCUGUUUCUCCACGCUGGAGGCUAUGAAGGAUAAGAUGGCUUCGUUCAGUCACACCCCUUGGAACACAGAAGCCAAUAGGAACGAAAAGACGAUAGUGGGGCGGGUCAGGAAAGGCCAGGAUCUGUUCGCCCGGGUUGGCGAGAAGUAUGCGCGGGUUGAGAAGAACAAGGAUGUGCCUGAAUAUAUCCUACAUCGCCCGGACGUGUUUGGAUACUUGACCAACCGUGAUGGAGACGAUGCUGGUUUCAAGGACUGGCCGCCUGGAGGGGCCUAG